AUGGAACCUACGGAGAUCCUCGUGCAAAAUGAGAGUUUAUUAGAAUCAAGAAAAUCCUCUAAAGGUUUAAGCAUUGGGUUAGGAGUGGGUGGUAGUACAACACUUUUGCUUCUAGCACUUGGUGGACCCCUCAUACAAUUAGUAUCAAGCAACACAGACAUUGGAGAAAGAAUGAUAGUUGCCCUAAGGGAUAUAGAGAAGGCCACAGACAAUUUUGAUAGCUCUCGUGUGGUUGGUGGUGGAGGGCAUGGAGUUGUGUUUAAAGGAAUUCUAGAUCUGCAUGUUGUGGCAAUCAAGAAAUCAAAGAUAGUAGUGCAAAGAGAAAUCAAGGAAUUCAUAAAUGAAGUUGUAGUUCUUUCUCAAGUAAACCAUAGAAAUGUGGUGAAGCUCUUAGGAUGUUGCCUUGAGAUUGAAGUCCCGCUGCUAGUUUAUGAGUUCAUUUCAAAUGGAACCCUUUAUAACCAUCUUCAUGUUGAAGGACCAACAUCACUAUUGUGGGCUGACAGAAUAAGGAUUGCACUUGAAAUUACUAGAGCUUUGUCCUAUCUACAUUCAUGCUCUUCUAUGCCGAUAUUUCAUAGAGAUAUUAAGUCAUCCAAUAUACUUCUUGAUGAUAGUUUAAUAGAAAAAGUAUCAAACUUUGGAGCUUCAAGGUACAUCCCAAUUGAUCAAACAGGAGUAACAACUAUUGUUCAAGGAACACUGGGAUACUUAGAUCCUAUGUAUCAUUAUACAGGUCGAUUAACGGACAAGAGCGAUGUCUUCAGCUUUGGUGUUCUUCUUAUAGAAUUGCUUACUAGAAAGAAACCAUUCAACUAUAGGUCCAAUGAUGGAGACAAUCUUGUUUCACAUUUUGAGAAGAUGCUCACAACAAACAACCUAGCCAAUAUAGUAGAUCCUCAAGUCGCAGAGGAAGAAGAUGGAGACAUCCAAGAGGUGGCCGCACUUGCGGUGAUGUGUACUAACUUAAGGGGAGAAGAUCGGCCUACAAUGAAGGAAGUGGAGAUGAGACUUGAAAACUUGUUAUUGAAGAAAAAGCUUGUCCCAUGUAUUACAACAGCAAGGAGAAAUAAUGAGGACGAGACAGGUUCAGUACAUGUCAAUUGA